AUGAUGAUGAUGACCACAGCGACUCUGCCGAGGAAGACGAAUGGUCAUCCGGGCGGUGUGCGUCAGAAGACGAAGAGACAAACACGACGCCGGACGGAGAAAAAGACUGCCACGGAGAAAGAGGGCGCGAUGCCCGCGCACGACGCCGCGGGAGAAGAGGACUACGACGCCACUGACAACCGACAAAGAGCAAAAAGGGCCAGAGAGGAGCAGGACGAGGAGCAGGAUGAGCAGGACGAGGAGGAGAGCGAAAGGUUCGUGUCCAAAAACGGUGAAAUAGAAUGGUCCUCGACGACGUAUCAUCCCCGACGCCCUCGACCUCGCCGCCACGCCGCCGAAUACGAAGAGGAGGAAGAGGACCAACAACUGGACGAUGAACGACAACAACAUGACCAAGACGGCGACGACGAGGAGCAACAACAGGCUCCAGAGAGCCCCGGACCCACCGAGUACGCGACCACACGCGUCCGAGACAUACUCUCCACGUUCGACCUGUUGGUCACGCGGCGCAUACUAGAGAUCGCGGUGACCGCCACGAACCUCGAGGGCCCCAGGAAAUGCGGCAACGACUGGAAAAUGACGGACGCGACGGAGCUGCGCGGCUACCUCGGGCUGCUGCUCCUCGCCGGAGUGUACAGGUCCCGAAACGAGGCCCUGGAGAGCCUGUGGCACGAGGAGAGCGGCAGGGCCAUUUUCCGCGCCACAAUGUCGCUGAAGCGAUUCCACGCGCUCUCGCGACUGCUGCGAUUCGACGACCGCGAGACGAGAGGCGCCAGACGAGCCUCGGACAAACUGGCGGCCAUAACGAGGCGGUGGGACGCCUGCGCGGCGCGUCUGGCCUCCGCCUCUACAACCCGGCCCCGACGUGACUGUGGACGAGCAGCUGGUUCCCUUCGAGGUGAGUGUCGUCGCCGGUCUGGGAACUCGCUAGCCAUCGGCGGCGGGGCUCAACUGAAGGCCGCCGGGGAUGGAUAA